AUGAAGCUGAUUCGAUGGAGUGGUUUUAUCAUUUGCGCGUGUUUCUACGCCGAGGCCUGCCAACCCGGCCAGGAGAGAUUCGGGGGAUCUUGCUAUCAACUCCUGACCGAGGAAAUGACGUGGGACCAGGGUGAUGCUGCCUGCUCGGAGAUGGGCGCUGCUUUGGCCGUUCCUGACUCCUUGGAGGAACAUCAGUUCAUCUGGGAGAUGUUCACCGGGAACGUUAGUGCGGGGAAUCUAUGGGUCGGAUGUAAUGACAGGGAGGAGGAAGGCAAGUGGAUGCAGUCUAGUGGGGGAGGAGAAUGCAACUUCUUCAAAUGGGCACCAGGAGAACCGCGUGGUAAUAGCGAUUGUAUGCACCUGUGGCGUAAAAAAAAAGGUCUCAUGGAUAACCACUACUGCAGCUCGCCGAUGUCCGUCAUCUGCGAGAUUCCACCGCUUGCCGUGCCCACGAUGUCCUGCCUGCAACGCUACGCCGACGCCCGCUCCUCAUCACACUGCCUCACCAGUCACGUCAUCAAGGAGUUCUCGGCAAAGGGUGUCAUCGCGUGCGGCUCGGCGUGCCGGGAUGAUCCUCGAUGCCGCUCCUUCAAUCUGCGACGAGGCAGCCCCGGAGAGUUGAUUUGUCAGUUGAAUAACAUCGCCCGUAAUGAAGCCGACGUGAAGAACAUACGGCUGGACAACGGCUGCAAACAUUUUGAAUUCUAA